UUUUAUGAACUUAGACAACCGAUCUUAGAUUUGCAUGUAAAAAUGUUGCUCUCAAAAGCAAGCAAGGAAAGCCUUCUGACCUGCUGCCAAGCUAUCAAUCUCUCAAAUUCUGCAUUACUGUAUUACUUUUUUCUUCAGCAUCAAAACAAUGGGUCUUGUUGUGACCCACCAGGUGCCAGUGGAGUUGACGGCAGACUUGGAUGAUGAGGAGGUUGGGGAAAAACAUGGGCCAGUUCUUGGGCCUGGGGAAGCCUCUGAUGGAUGCUCGACGUCGUAUACAGAGAUAGAGCCCGGGCCAUCCAACAUUUUCAGCCACCAGAGAGGCAUCUGUCUUUGGAGGCUGCUAUGAGUGAGGAGGAAGAACAGCUGGGGCUUGUUCCAAAUGCACAUAUAUGCAGAGCUGUUAGGAGAGGUGAACAACGGAGAACAAGGAGUCAACUCGGGAAGCAAGGCACAUAUGGAUGUUGAAUGGCCCCUCCUUGGGUAGGGAAUGAAUAGAAGGAAAGGGGAAUGGUUGUUGUAGGAGACAACAGUUCAUAUUUCUCAUCAUGUUUUGUGCCACAGAGACUGCUUGCCAGAACUUGCAACUUUGCAACUUGCAAACAGAAUUUGCAACCUUUCAGCUGGAAGGUCGGCCUGGCAAUUAUCCCAAGGAACUGAUAAGAAACGGCGACAGACUUUUGGCUAUCAGGAAAGGAUCGUAGGUCUUUGAACAAGGAAGAGGCAGACAUUGUAAAUCUGGAGCCGUUAUGGGAAACAGAUUACUCUAUUCAUUGAUUAUACCUGCCUUCAUAUUAGCUGGAGGUUUAUUUCUCUGUCUGUUGCUUCUACUCUAUUGUUUACGAUUCUGGCUUCAACGACGGAGAAAUCUACUAACGCCUCCAGGGGAUGAUGGGGAAAAGCCACUCGUAGUUGCAUUUUUCCAUCCAUAUUGUAAUGCUGGUGGUGGUGGAGAGAGAGUGCUAUGGUGUGCUUUGAGAGCUUUACAGAAAAAGUACAAGAAUGCCUCCUAUAUUGUCUACACAGGUGAUACCGAUGCUAGAGCUGAGCAUAUUCUACAAGGUGCAUACAGGCGAUUCAACAUCAGACUGAAACACCCUGUGAAGUUUGUGUUCUUGAAUAAGCGCUACUUAGUAGAAGCCUCCCGUUAUCCGUAUUUCACUCUGUUAGGUCAGAGCUUAGGAUCUGUGUUUCUUGGCUGGGAAGCUCUUACGAAGUGUAUCCCUGAUAUUUAUAUUGACUCCAUGGGUUAUGCAUUCACGCUUCCUCUCUUUAAAUAUCUGGGAGGUUGCCGAAUAGGAUGUUAUGUUCACUAUCCUACAAUCAGUACUGAUAUGCUUUCUGUGGUCAGGAAUCAGCAUGCACGAUUUAAUAAUGCAGCCAUUAUCACAAAAAAUCCCCUCUUAAGUAAAAUGAAACUUGUAUAUUAUUACUUUUUUGCUUCCAUAUAUGGGCUAGUUGGUUCUUGCAGUGACACUGUCAUGGUUAAUUCUACAUGGACUCUCAAUCACAUCCUUUCCCUCUGGAGGUGUAACGACCGCACAAGCAUUGUGUAUCCACCUUGUGACGUACAGACUUUCCUGGAUAUUCCACUACAAGAAGAAAAUGGGAUUAUAAAACCAACAGUUGUUUCUAUAAGCCAGUUCAGGCCGGAGAAGGACCACUCCCUGCAGAUUAGAGCUUUUGCUAAAUUUUUGGCUAAAACUGAAGGACAGCCACUCUUGCCAAAGCUUAUUCUGAUUGGGGGCUGUCGUAACCUAGAUGAUGACCAGCGUGUAAAUGAACUUAAGAAGCUCUGUCAAGAGUUAGGCAUUGAAAAAAAGGUGGAAUUCAAAGUUAAUAUUCCAUUUGAAGAACUAAAGAGGCAUCUGGCUGAUGCAACUAUUGGACUUCACACCAUGUGGAACGAACAUUUUGGAAUUGGAAUUGUUGAAUGUAUGGCAGCUGGCACAAUUAUUCUUGCUCACAAUUCUGGAGGCCCAAAAUUAGAUAUUGUGGUACCAUAUGAAAGAAAUAUAACUGGAUUUCUAGCAGAAGAUGAAGAUGGCUAUGCAGACUCUAUGGCUCACAUCUUUUCAUUAUCUCCUGAAAAAAAGCUGCAGAUCAGACAAAGCGCUCGUGAAUCUGUGAAGAGGUUUGCUGAUCAAGAAUUUGAGGAAACAUUCUUAUUAUCUGUAGAACGGCUAUUUAAAUAAAAUAUUUUGCUUAUAAAUAUAUGACAUACUUGAGUUAUUAUGGAACUACAAAUACAUGUUCUACAUUUCUAUUUAUAGUGCAACAAAGAUUUUACUCUUUAAAUACUAAAGAUAUCUUGAUAGAGCAUAUUUGACAGAUUUUAAUGUCAAGUAGUAUUUAAGGUCCUACUUCCCCAAAUUAUCACAAAAUUAUCCAGCAUUCAAUAAUGAUUAUCUAAUUCUUGUCAUAAUAGCAUUGAGCAUAUAUUUAAUGAUUUAAUUGUAUUAGGGAUUAAAUUUAUUCCAUUAUUUUAAUUCUUUCCAUAAUCUAUUCUUUAGUUAACUAAAAGCUAUAGAAUUUAUCCAAGAUUGAAUGCCUACAACUUUACAUUACAGACCAAUAGUCAAAAUGUUUACUGAAAAAUGUCUAUCAUCUGUUUUCAUCCAAAAACUGAAACAUGGUGAUGAGUAGUGAAGCUCUAUAUUUAUUGUGGUUAUAAAGUUGAUUUGAAGUGCAUCUGUGAAAGUAUCACUACAUUAACUGUUUUAAUGGCAAAGAGGUAUAUGAAAUCCAAGAGAGAGAAGAAUUCCAGCAGAUCUUUACUUUGCUAUACUAGACAACUGUAAAAUUUACAACGAAAAGAUGAAGCACCAACUUUCCAAACUCAGCUCUUAACAUUCAUACACUUUAUUAUUAAUUCUUAAGUAUUUAUUACCGAAGAAUGUGUUAACUGAUUGCACUUUGUU